UGAGCAUACGUCAGUUGAAAGUGCGCCGUGCAGCCAAGUGUAUCAAUGAAGAUGGCAUUCGUUCAUACAGCUGCGGAUCGUGUCAUGUGGCGGACGGUCUAGUUACAAUUCGUGGCAAUUGCGCGAAUGAAUCGGCAGCCAUUUUUAAACUGCCCACUUACUAUACAGUGUAUAAAAAGGAUAUGGAUAAUGGACCUUGCGUUUCAAGAUAGCAAUUUGAUACGAAUGAGAUUAAAUGAGGCGUGAUUAUUAGCGCAGAAGCGAGGAUAGGGCGAGAGUAGGAGAGCAACGUGACGACGUAGCGUGUGAUCGUUGUCGGCGGACAACGGGCAGGCGGACAGCGGCGAAAGAAAGAAAGAGCAAGAACGAAAGAAGGAGAGAGCGAGGCUCGCUGUUUCGCGAGUGCGAGCAAAACGGACGACGGAGUCGAGCGAGCGUACUCCUGCGCCCGUGAAAUUCGAUGCAACGGAGUGAGAGCGCGCGGCGGUGCAGGCGAUCACGAUCGGUCGCGUUGAGUUGCGGGAUCGUCAACGAGGGCCAGGGUGAGCCUCAUCCCGCACCAGGAUUCACGGUGGAUCGAGAGGAAGAGAGUGAGAGAGAGGAACCUGGGGAUCGGUGGGCUCGAGCGUGUGCACGACGAUGUCGGGUCUAACAUGCGAGAGGACGGAUGCAACGAUCGUGUCUCUCGAAUGUUAAGUCCCCAUAAUAAUGGCAGAUAAUGUACACAGAAAAUCGCACAAGCUGUCGGAUGGUAGUAGGAAAAUAUCGAAUCCAGUACACCGUACGACCACGGAGACGAUCCGUCUGGGGGAGAUAGAUAAGCUGCACCAUCCGGUCACCCUGAUCACGCCUAGCAACGUGCAGACGGCCGGCAGCAACCAGUGCAACCGGAAGAAAACAUCGUCCUUCCAGAUCACCAGCGUCACCGUAGGCUGCCGCAUGAGCAAUGACGCUGGCGAGGAUUCCAACGAUGACCUGGACGAGUCGCACACGGAGGACAAUUCUGUGGAGCACUCGCGCAUCACCGACAUCGACAUCGAGACGCCCAGCUACUCCGAGGACACAUUCUCCAAGGAGGACGUGUUCUUCAACACGAGCAACGCCGCCCUCAGCACGGCUCCGGUGAUUCCCACCAGCUCGCAAUACGGUCUGGCCAUUGUACCCUCCGAGGGUGGCAAUGUUAAUAAUUCAGUUAACGAUAGCAAUAUCAAUACUCUGGACAUUACAUCCGUUACCGACAACAACAUAAUCAAUUUACUGUCGAGUAAUGUCAAGCAAGACGCCGAUUUGCGGGAGGUUCACUCUCACGGUAGGAACGAGAGAUUCAAAGUGGUUAAGAUUGAAAGUACAGAGCCCUUCAAGAGAGGACGAUGGACUUGCAUGGAUUACCUGGACCACACGUCUGUCAAUCAACCGACGGCGAUUAGUACUCCCAAAGUGUCCGAUCCGAACGAGGUGUGCAUAUCUUACGGAGUGACCGACAGCGGUAUCGUUGUACCGGAAGCUGCCAAGCAAUCCGUAGUGACUGAUGAUAUAGGAAUUAAUAUCGACGCUAACGGGCCAGUGUCGUCUCAUCCGGAAACGGUGCACUCGUCGAUCGCUGUGUCGAGCAACCCUGCGCAAUCGGUGCAGAGUGCAAAUUAUGCGGUAAACAACUCAAUACCUCCCAAUGUACAGCAUAAUCCUACGCAAGUUCAAACUCAGGCCAAGGUGCAGCCGUCUGCACAGCAAAUCCCGCAAUACUUUCAAUCCCAGACUCAGUCGAUAGCCACUCAGCAGCAGCAACAGCAGCAGCAGCAGCAGCAGCAGCAGCAGCAGCCGACGCAAGGAGGCCAGGGAGCCACGUUGCCCUCCAAUCUGCAAAGCACUCAUCCCAACAACUUGGGUCAACCGCAGAGCAUGCCUCAGGGUUCUAUUCCUAUCAUAACACAGACUAGCAAUAGCACAGUGACGCCUCAGCCCAACAUCCCUCAUUCCAAGGAGGAGACGUACGUAACGGUGAGCACGCAGAAUCAAUCCCUGCCGGUCCAGAAUGUCUGUCCGCCUACGGUGCAGCAAACGUCAGCCCCGACGUCCCAGGCGCCCAACAUUCUCGUCACGCAGCAUCAAUCGGACGCAGCCUCCUGUCAGCAGCCCGCAUUGCAGACGCAGAAACCGCAGAUGACCCAAAUUUCCGAGCCACUAACUGCCAUACAGGGGAUGCAGGGCAUGCAGAGUAUCCAUAAGGUUCCUCAGACGGCGGGGGCGCCGCAGCCGACCUCGUCGACGAUACAUCCGUCUGGAGCGCCGGUGCAGUCGCAAGUGAUUGCGCCCUCGACGCAGCAGCAACUGCAACCGCAGACGUCCAACAGCACCGCACCGGUGCAGAUUGCGCAAGUUGCGGCCGGUUGUCAGAACGUCGUGGGCGGGCUGCAGCAGGGGAACAUCGCAUUUCAUCAGUCUGAUCCGGAGCAGGAAUCCAUCUCUGGCAUCGUUGCUAACGCCACUACUGUUCAGUCGGCCGACGCGACCCUCCUCGAGUCAUCAUUGGCUGAAGUUACGCAGGGAAGCGACGAGCAUCGUACCCUCGAGGAUAAUGAAAGUAUGUCGGGGACUAGCGCUGUGGCGAUUGAUAACAAGAUUGAGCAGGCUAUGGAUCUGGUCAAAAGUCACUUAAUGUUCGCGGUGAGGGAGGAAGUCGAAGUACUGAAAGAAAAAAUAGCCGAGCUUAUGGACCGUAUCAAUCAAUUGGAAGCAGAAAAUUCAUUAUUAAAAGCACACGCAACUCCGGAAACUUUGGCUCAAUUGAGCCAAUCGACAGCAAAAUUGCCCCAAAACAGUUCAGGAAGUGGUCAAUAGGUAAACCAUUGUACAUAAGUUUCUAUCGAUACUUUGUCAAGUAAAUAAUGAAUAAUAUAAUUAUUGUAUAUAUAACUUUACGAUUUUUAGAAAUUUAUAAAUAAUGAGAUUUAUU